AUGUCUGACACUGUUUACCCCGAAGUCCUCUGGGCCCAGCGAUCCUCCGUCGCCGACGCCUCCAAGAACUUCAUCUACCUCACCAUCUCUGUUCCUGAUGUGCCCAAGGACAGCCUUACUCUCGAUCUUCAGCCUACCAAGCUCACCUUCACCGGCACCUCAUCCACUCUCAAGAAGAAGUACCAUGUCGAGCUCGAGUUCUGGGGCGAGAUCGACCCCGCUGAGAGCAAGAUCAACCACACUGCCAAGAAUGUUGAGAUAAAGCUGCAAAAGAAGGAGCUCAAGGAGGAGUACUGGCCUAGAUUGCUCAAGGACUCCAAGCGCGUCCACUUCCUCAAGACCGACUUCGACAAGUGGGUUGAUGAGGAUGAGCAGAACGAGGCCCCUGAGGACGACUUCUCUCAGUUCGGUGGCAUGGGCGGCAUGCCUGGUAUGGGAGACAUGGGUGGUGACUUUGGCGGUAUCGACUUCUCCAAGUUGGGAGGUGGUGGUGCUGGCUUCCCUGGUGCCGAAGGCGCUGGUGAUGAGCUCGACGAAGAGGAUGACGACGACGACAUGCCUGCCCUCGAGGGCGACGACAAGAAGGAGGCCGCCCCCGCCGCUGUCCCCGCUGCUACCGAGAAGAAGGACUAA